GGGCGGAGAGAGAGAGAGAGAGAGAGUGGAGAGCAGGCGGGCGAAGCGGGCGCCGAGAAGCUUGGCGCGAAGCGACGAAGGAGAGGCAAUCGGCGAGAAGCAAAGAGGAGGAAGCCGCGGCGGGAGGAGAGGUGUGAAGCAGCCCCAGCAAAGAAAGGGCGGGAUAGAGGCCAGGUAGCGCCAAGGGCAGGCUCUGGAGGACGACGAGGAAGUGAGAGGAGCGAGGCUGCUGAGGAGGAGGAGGAGGAGGAGGCGAAGGAGCAAACUAUGGCAACAAGUGCCCCUGCCUGGCGCUGAAGGAGGAGCGCGGGGGGGAAGGGGGACGGGACGGGACCCGCUGGCUUGCCCGUUUGGGGGGUGUGUGCGUGUGCGGACUAUUUCCCCUUUCCGUCAAGAUGAUGAAGAGACAGUUCAACCGGAUGCGGCAACAGCUCGGUCACCCCAGCAUCAGUGGACGAGCACAAGAAACAGCCGAUUAUUUGACUGAAGACUUGCUACAGAUUGAACAAAGAAUUGAACCAGCCAAACGUGCAGCACACAAUGUGCAUAAGAGGCUGGUGGCUUGCCUCCAGGGACAAUAUGGGGCAGACAUGGACAAACGGGUGAAAAAGUUGCCCUUGAUGGCACUGUCCAUGACCAUGGCUGAAAGCUUCAAGGAACUAGACACUGAGUCCAGCCUUGGGAAAGCUCUAGAAAUGAGCUGCUUCAUCCAGAGUAUGCUAGCCAGGAUCCUUGCAGAGUUUGAAAUGGCCCUUGAACGAGACGUCCUACAACCCUUGAAUAAACUGAGUGAGGAGGAGCUACCCACCAUCCUGAAACACAAAAAGAAUCUACAGAAAGUAAUUACAGAUUGGAAUAGCAUCAAAAGCCGUCUGAACCAAGCUGCCAAGAGCUCUGCAAACAGCAUCAGUUCUAGUGCCGGUCCAGCAGCCUCCUCAGCUGCCCUCAAGCUGGAAAGUCUGAAGGAGGAGGAGGAAGAGAUGAAGAGGAGGUUUGAGCAGAGCAAAGAUGAGUACAUGGCUGACCUGUAUCACUUUUCAACUAAGGAGGACAGCUAUGCACAGUAUUUUAUUAAAUUGCUGGAAAUUCAAGCAGAAUUUCAUCGGAAAUCUCUGGGAUCGCUGGAUGCCACCUUGGCAGAGCUGAAGGAGACUAACAGCCAGCCAGACUCCCCAUUCUCAAUGGAAACAGCUGGAACAGGGGUGUUUGGAAUGCCUCUAGAGGCUCACCUGAAGGUUUCCGGGCGGGAAAUUGCACUCCCCAUAGAAGCUUGUGUCAAAAUGCUUCUGACAUCAGGAAUGCAGGAAGAGGGACUCUUCCGUUUGGCUGCUGGAGCAUCUAUACUGAAGAAGCUGAAAUACAGUCUUGACAGUGGCAUUCCAGAUGAACUCUGUGCAGACCCUCAUGCUGUGGCAGGUGCCCUGAAAUGUUACCUGAGAGAACUGCCCCAGCCCUUGAUGACCUUUGAACUCUACGAUGAUUGGCUCAAAGCUGCCAGUACCAAAGAACCAGAGACUCGCCUGGAUUGUCUUAGGGACACCUGCAGCCACCUUCCCAAGGACAACUACAACAACCUGAGGUACUUGAUUCGUUUUCUCGCCAAGCUGGCUGAACAGCAAGAAGUGAAUAAAAUGACACCUAGCAACAUUGCCAUUGUCCUGGGACCCAACCUGUUGUGGCCCCAACCAACAGAAGGGUGCCAGGAGCAGCUAGAUAUGGCUUCUGUAUCUUCCAUCCAAGUUGUUGGAGUUGUGGAACCCUUAAUACAAAAUGCUGAAAUCCUUUUCCCAGGAGAUAUAGAUUUCAAUGUCUCUGGCCUGUUCGCUCCCCCUUUGGACAUCAGACCUAGAGAAGUCUCCAUUACAGAAGAACCCACAUCUUCUCUUCCCUUUCCUGAGCCUGCUUCACCAUCAUCUAGGGAAAGGGCCAAGAGACAGGAAAGCAAACAGCUUACAACCCUUUCUCACACUGACAAGAAAAAUCCUGAGGCAGCCCAUGACAUUUUCUCAAAGGAGACCCAACCUUCCACGGAAACAGCAGUCUCCCCGCCGACUACGGUUCCUGCUGAUGAAGCUUCACGGAAAUCAAAACGGGUAGCUCCACCUCGACCCACAGGACCUCCUCUGCCCCUAGCCCAGCCUCGAUCUCCACCUCCCGUGCACCUUCAAACCCAGGCUCCUGCCCCAGAAUCUCCUUCCAUUCCUAAGGCCCUACCUCGAAAAACAGCAGGCGGACCCGUGCGCGCUCCCUCUGUGCCGCCACCACUUCCACCCCAGCCAGCCAGACGUCAAAGCCACAAUGCUCUGCCCUCCCCAAAGCUGCCUCCAGAAAUUCCAAGCAAUGAGGCAGCUCCAGCUGAAAAGCCUCCUGCAGAUAAUUGUGGGACACACACAUCCAAAGAGUCCACUGUUGUGGCAACAGAGCCUGAUGGACCAUUAUCAGUGGAAAGAAGUUGUUCUCUACCCACAUCUGAUGUGAAGGCUGAGUCUCUGGAGAAUGACUGAAGUGGGGAAGUUGCUCCAGUAACAUAGCUUCUGCCUGCCCGUCUUUAAGAAAGGUGUAAGAUCUGGUGCAAUGUCAAGUACACUGCCUAUUGGCUGUCAUCUCUCCUUGAGAGAAAUAUGUGCCCAUACUGGCUUCUGUUGCUAUCCCAGUGUGGAAGCAGGUCUUCAUGUCUGCAGCCUUUAAAAGAAUAGCUCUUCUUACAUGCGCUUCUGCUUCUUAACACCCUUUCCCCUCCUGAUAAAAGACUCCUUUUUAUGUUAUUCCACUGCAGAAAUUUCCAAGGGGAUAGAUAGCCAUAUUAAUCUAUUCCAU